CUACGACCCCCUGCAUUAUACUCAUCGUCACCUCCCGCUGACGUAUGGGAACUAUGGCAUACCUCCGGAGGAUUCCAUAUAUGGCGGCUAUACUUCGGGAUAUGAGGUUACUGCCGCACCUUCUGUCCAACAUUCCGGGUAUGGCCCAUCUGCCCAUUCGCAAAUGGACCUCCCUGAAGGCUACGGUUGCUACGUUAGAGCAAACGAAGCGCUAGCAGAAGCUCACAGACACAGUCACCUCCGGUUUAACCAAGGCUUCGAGAAUGUUGUUGGUCACCAACCUCCCCAAUCUGAUGCAAGUGCCUGGUUUAACCCGCCAAUCUCUGCCUGUGUGACAGACACGUCGGCGUCCAGGCAGCUGACAUACCCAACUGCCCAUGAGCUGGAGGUACCCGGCACCUCUGAUAGCUUUCGGAGUGUUGGUGGCGGGUCACGAUUCAUGGAGAUAGUUCACGGCACGGCACCAGCGAGGGAUCAGUCCACUGUGUUCGAGGAGACUGUGGGUUACCACUUACAUGUAAGCAGGAUACAUGCGCCCGCGCACCUAACAAGACCUAAUCCAUAUCUGGACUCCAAUCUGUAACAUAGCUCCAAUGACAGAUUAAACUGGUGUUCUGUUAUAACUGCCGUGACUCCGGUUUUGAAUGGAGUAAACAGCAAUGUGCAAAAUGCUAAAAGCUUCCGUAUUUUUCAAGAUGAAUACGAAAAUACACAUUUAAGUCAUUUAUUUUGCAGAAAAUAUCAAAGAAAGAAACACGGGCUGAAGAGAAAAUACCUUGAUAUAUCCAGGAAGUCUUUCUUAUACCCACAGUCGCGCACACAAUUCAACAGUACCCGUAUAUUAAAUUAACAGUACACAUACAUAUAUUAAACCUGUAUUCAUGGCAUAUUGCUAAAACAGCCACAAAUUACCGUUCUGGCUGAGUACCUCGAAGACGCAAAAUCGACAACCUACCUGUCAGAUGACGAGGGUUUAUUCAGGUGUUACAUAAAUGUGACCCUCCAUCCCAAAACAGGACUGGAUUUUUGUUAAGACACACCCCAACCAAUAAUAAUAUCCAGGGAAAUGUAUAUACAAAAGCUACCAUUAGCCUACCUUCUUUAUUUACCCAUUAAAGUUUACCGCUUAAUCCACAGGUUCGACAACGGCAUUCAACUUCAAUCAAAUAGUGGUUACAAUAGCCAGCAAAUUUAAUGCUGCUGUAUCUAAAAUGAAACAAGCAACCCUUAUGAAAGUAUUCAAUAUGGAUACGACUGUGUGGUUUUCCACAAGAUUUGUGCCAUAGUAAACCCAGAUAGAGGAUAGGGAGUUUUUCUAGGAAUGGAUAAUGUUGCACUUUUCUGUCAAUCUUAAGAACUCCUUCCUCAAGUGAAAUUAUCAAGUUGCGGACCUGUAAUCAAAUUAUCUUAUCGUACAAAUUCAAUAUCAACAUUCAAUUAUCAUUAACUGAUUUGAUUGUUUCAGCUUAGCUGCUUUGCAUGAAAAAAAUCGAUGUAAGUCACGGAACAGUGCUUGUUUGAGGCAGGCUUUACGUAUGAGAAAAUAUCUGACGAUUGUUGUGGUCAUCUGCUGAAACGGAAAGCAGAGGAGGAGAUAAUACUCUUUUUAGUUGCUAUACUGUACCUUGAAUGAAUUGUUAUGAAAACCGUACAUUCUAUACUAAGAAGAAUAAGUGGGAUUUACAGACUCAAAUUAUUCCCAUUUCAGUUCAAUGCAGUUCGAGUAUUUAACCUUUAACCCCACAACUCAAAUUAAAUUAUGCAUGUACAUUAUGAAACAUUAAAGUAGGCUUUUACAAACAUUGGAGAUGGGUGUUGUGUCACUGUUGAGAACUUCAGAUGUUCAAUUUGAAAGUACUUCUUCUCAAUGGACACAACUAUGUGAAAAUGGCAUAGGAAUAGCAGUGAAAUAUUUGUUUACACGUCUAGCCAGUCUUAUAGAGGGUUUUGUCGUCUUUCCGUCGUGA